GAAAGGUGUCCCAUCAACAUGAAACCACCGAAUCUAACAGGUGUCUCAGAAUUCCUCCUCCUGGGCCUCUCAGAUGAUCCAGACCUGCAGCCCCUCCUCUUUGGACUCUUCCUGUCCAUCUACCUGGUCACUGUGCUUGGGAACCUGCUCAUCAUCCUGGCUGUCAUCUCUGAUUCCCACCUCCACAUCCCCAUGUACACCUUCCUUUCUAACCUAUCAUUGACUGAUGUCAGUUUCAGCACCACUACCAUCCCCAAGACCCUAGUGAACCUCCAGACACACAGCAAAUCCAUCACCUAUGCAGGCUGCCUAACUCAACUGACCUUUUUUUCUCUUUUUGCCUUUUUGGAGAGUCUCCUUCUGACAGUGAUGGCCUAUGACCGGUUGGUGGCCAUCUGUCACCCUCUGCACUACCUGGUCAUCAUCAGCCCCCGCUUCUGUUGCUUGUUGGCCCUGGUGUCAUUCUCCAUCAGCCUUUUGACCUCCCUGCUGCACUACUUGAUGGUGUCACAGCUUACCUUCUGUGCAGAAGUGGAAAUCCCUCAUUUCUUUUGUGAACUUUCUCAACUCCUCAACCUUUCCUGUUCUGACACCUUCAUCAAUAACAUGUUAAUCUAUUUCAUUGGUGCCGUCUUGGGUGGAGUUCCACUCUCGGGGAUCAUUUACUCUUAUACUCGAAUUAUAUCCUCCAUUCUGAGAGUCUCCUCAUCAGAUGGGAAGUACAAAGCCUUCUCUACCUGUGGUUCUCAUCUGUCAGUUGUUUGCUUAUUUUAUGGAACUGGCCUUGGGGUAUAUCUCAGCUCCACUGUCUCAUCUUCCCUCAGGAGGGGUGCAGUGGCCUCAGUGAUGUACACAGUGGUCACCCCUAUGCUGAACCCCUUCAUCUACAGCCUAAGGAACAAGGACAUCAAGAGUGCCCUGUGGAGAAUUAUCAUCAGAAAAGCCUAA